AUGGAUGAAUUAUUUGAUGAGGAAUUACCUGUGCCUAUUAUUGAAGUUCCCGUUGAUAUUGACGGGGGACUUGGCGUAGGAAAUGAUGUGCAUGUCGGUGGCGCCGGCAAAGGAAGCCGAGCCACGAGACGCGGUGGCGCCGACAACGGAAGCCGAGCCAAGUGCAUCGGAGAUUGGUGCACUGACCCUUGCAGAUUUCUAGCCGCCAUAACUGCAGGACAUCCUCCAAAAUCAUUUAAGGAAACUAGGAAGCAUGAAGGGUGGCGUGAAGUCAUUAGAGCUGAUAUAAAAGCUCUCGAAGAUCAAAGCACAUGGGAGUUGCAACCUCCUCCUCCCAACAAGAAGGUCUUGGGGAAUAAGUGGGUUUACACAGAAAAAUAUGAUGAGCAGGGAAAAUGGCAGAGAUUGAAGGCCAUAUUAGUUAUAUUUGGUAAUCAUCAGCGUAAGUCUGCCCAUAUCCAUCAGGCUGAAAGACUGGAUCCCAACCAAAAUCGUGUGGCCCUCUGGCUGUACAAUAUUGUCGAGUUAUUGCCAAUGUGUGUCAUCUUGAGCAUGUUGACAACAUCAUAUAUGAAGCAUGUCAUCGUUGUCUCAAAAAGAUUAACAUUUUCCAAGGAGUUCCCAAAUGUGAGUCUUGCGAUAUCACAAAUGUUAUUGUUAAUUCGACUAACAAUAUGUGAUAAAAGUGGUACUUUAAAAAUCACAAUGCUUUAUGGUCUUGGACAACUCAUUUUGGGAUGCACAGCUACAGACAUAAAAUUAAUACUUCAACAGCUUUGCUUACUGUCAAAGAUAGCGAGUUCUGGGAAGGUGUUUCACCAGUGGAGUUUGGUGAAUUACCCAAUAAGAGGAGAUACUAUCUCCGUGACUAGUGGAGUUGUCUCACGUAUGGAGAUCCUUUCUUACGUUCAUGGAUGGACUGAGCUACUAGGUGAUAAGAGAUUGAUUUAUCUGGCUGUUACUAGACCUGAUUUAGCAUAUUUUGUUCAUAUUUUGUCACAGUUUAUGCAGGUUCCUAAAGUUGCUCAUUGGAAGGCCGCUCUAAGAGUGGUUAGAUAUUUGAAGAAAAAUCCAGGACAGGGUGUAUUAUUUCGUUCUGAAAGUGAUCUCCGCCUGGAAGGGUGGUGUGAUUCUGAUUGGGCUAGUUGUCCUAUUACUAGGAGAUCUCUGAGUGGAUGGUUUGUAUUGUUGAGAUAUUCUCAUGCUGGAAGACUAAGAAUCAGCCUUCAGUUUCUCGUUCAUCUGCAGAGGCAAAAUAUCGAUCUAUGA